GCAAUUGAACUGACGGGCCAUUUCCAGGUUAUUAUCUCUCCGUACGUCAGUCAGGGCAGGGCAUUUAGCAGAAAAAACAAAAACAAAAAAGGGAGCCGUCACCUGCACUAUUACAUGUCAAUGCUGUCAAGACGCCUCCCGCACCCGGCCCUUUUCGCACGCUGCUCCCACCAUCAUGACGGUGAGGUCGUCCAACGCCGUCGAGCAGGCCGUCGAGAAGGCCCUUGAGCAGCCCGACGUCGGCACAAGAAACCCCGAGUCGCCGGCCGCCUGGCCCCCGAAUUCGACAUCACCGCUCUCUCCCGCGUCGCACACGACCUCGACCUCGAUGGCCUCGUCUGCCUCGCCAUUCUCCUCGUCCUCGCCCUUGCCCUCGGCCUCCAUUGCCGCGCAAGCAUCUACCCCUUUGUCCGUGAACACGAGCGAUACAUCAUCCUCGUCGGACCCCGUUGGGGGGGCCAAGCCGCCCGUUGCCGCUCAAGGUACCAGGUUGCUGACUCCGUCUAGGAGCAUGGAGGCGCUGAGGCGCACCGGGAACCUCAGCCGCAGCAGCAGCAGCAACAGCACGGUCCCAGUUGCAUCUGCUGCGGCAGGUCCCACUACCAGCGUUAGCGCCAUGGUGGAAUCGUUCGAGCAGCUGCAUAGGAAGAACUCAAACAGUAAUUUGGGAUACGAGCUGCUCCGGACAAAAAGUGCAGGCCACCACCGCCCACCCGCGCUCGUGUCUCCCCCGUCGACCCUUUCGCCCUCCCCAUCCGUCUCGCGUUCUCCCUCGCCCGCCCCUGCCAAAAGCGCAUCAGCUGCGAGCGAGGCUUUGACUGGGGACGGUCUUGGCGCUGCAGACCAACAGAAACCCAAAGCGGAUGUUGCGCCCCAAGAGCCAAACAGCACCCCCCCGCCGCAGGCCGCCGCUGCAACGUCGAAUCCUGCCCCGUCAGCACCGGCCUCGGGCGCCGCUCAGGCACGCGAUGGUCCGAGUCUGCCUCCCUCAACCGCCCCUGCAGAAUCUCCCCCUCAUACCGUCAUCGCCGACACCACCUUGGUCCGACCGACGCCGUUUGCGGGCUCGCCGCAACGACGUAGCCGCGCCCUCUCCAACACGAUCGGGCAGCCAAUUGUUCGCACAUCGUCGAAUGCGAGCGUGACCCUCAGCCACCCAUCUCCCGAUUCGAACAGGCUCUCGCAAGCCGGGAACUACCUGGGCAACAUCGCCGCGCUCGAAGCCACCGCCGAGCGCCUGUCCAUGACGAGCAGCAUCGAGGACGCCAUCCGCGAGGAACACAACGAACUCAAGCGCAGCGAGAGCCGGCGUUCGUCGGUUCUGCGGACUCGGGCCGCUUCAGCAUCCGACAACGGGUCAGUUCAUGGGCAGCCACCGCUCUCGGCCGCGAGCAGGCAAAAUUCCAUCCUGGGGAUGAACAACGCUGCUCGGUCGGGUGGCUAUUCGCCCGGUGGUUUCGUCAUGAGCCCCCAUCAUUCCAUGUCGGCGGCUUCUGGCCGACUGCGGUCGGGCAGCAAGGCGAGCUCCACCGGCGUGCCGUCCAACAUUCCCGAGAAUGCAGAAGACACGUCUGAGCCUCCGGCGGACCACGAACACCAGCCAGAAUACCGCUUCCUCGCGCGUCACGGCCCGGGAAAGGCCUCAACCAGGAGCGUCGCCAGCAGGCUGUCUCUAGCACAGAUCGCCGAGCUCGAGCAUCCCACUGCCCUGACCAAGGAGGCUUUUGACGAGGCGGACCGCGCCGCUGCGGCCGGAGAAUUCCCAGACGUCGACGAUGACAUUCGCAAUAGCGCCCGUCAGAUCAUCGAAGCCGAGUUCGCCGGUGCUGCGGACGAGCCCAUGCCCGAGCGUCAUGAUCUCCAUAGCGGACCAACCCGCCGGCUGCAACUUCACCAGCCGGACCAGUACCACCAGUACCACCCCGACCACCCCGGGCGUUACGGAGCACACCGUCCCGACGAUGACAGACCGACAACGUCGGGGUCUGGCACAACCUACGAGCAAGCCCAGGCGGCCUUUGGCGAUUUUGACGGAGUGCACUGUGACCCAGAUGCCACCGACUCGGCUUCCCAGCCAGAGGCGGAACGCCGGGAACCGCUCCUGCCGCCCCAGCCUGCCCCCGCCCGUCCACCUACGACCUACAUCGACCCGGCCACGGGGCAGCAGAUGCUCUACUAUCCAGCUCCUGUACCUGCUAUGCUUAAUCUCCCCCCGAAGCUGUCCAAGAAGCCAAAGAAACCGGCUCGGGACACCCGCCACUCUCAGGUCGCCGGCGCCGUGCCCAAGACAGUCCGUCAGUCCCGCUUUCAUCUGCCCGACCCUACCGCCGCUUUGCGUGGGAGCGACGAUGGUGGCUUGUCUCUGGGAUCGUUGCUCGGGAAGAGUAGCGAGGACACUGACUUGACGCCCCGACCUUCUGGGACGGAAGAAGGAGAGGCGGAUUGCCUUGCAAGAGCCAGACGAACAUCGGAGGCCAGCACCAUCCACCCGCCGGCAGGGCAACGCGAGAUUCGUCAGCCGCAGCGUCUGACGGACCCCGAAAACCGCAAGUCUCGCCCGAUCCCUGCCGAGGGAAUGCCGCCUCAGCUGCGUGCGAGUGCCUUUUUCGAAAUGCCUUCCGAGACCCCCAAGCUCGAAGUCAAGGGCGGCUCCGCCACGGACACGUUGGAUACCCUUCUCGAUGCGUCCACCGUGGCACCCGUCAGCGCGUUCACCGACCACGUCUUCGCGGGCAAGUUGGGUGCCGAGGUGUACGGCCCCGCGAAAAAGAAAAAGGCGAAGAAAGCAGCUCCUCAGCCAGGCCCUGCCCCUGCACCGGACGCGAAGGCUAAGCGCAAGACGCUGGUCAAGAGGAACUCUAGCGGCGCCCUGCUUGAGCAAGGAGCCGAAGACAAACCCAAGCGGAAGACGCUUGUCAAGAGGAAUUCCAGCGGUAACCUGCUAGACCCGAACUCGGAAAAGAAGCGGGCAAGUCGCUUCUCGCUUUUCGGCACGAAAUCUGCACACAUCGAAUCGGACGACGACGAUCGGCCGAAGAGCGGUCGGCAUAGCGAACACGACGAUGAUGAUGCCCGGUCCGGAAGCGCGUCACCCGACCAGCUGGCUCCAGACGAGGACGAGGGCACCGAGACAGAGAGCGAGGAAGAAGAACCGGUCUACCAGGGCCCGCCCACAACGCUGCUCGCCGAACUGCAGCUGCGGAAGCAACAGGAUAAGCAGCGCACCCGACCGGUCACUAGUGUGGAGGGAAUGCGCACUACCCUUCUGGAGCUCAACGCGGUCGCCGAAGUGGAGCGCAAGGCGAGGCAUGGCAAGCGGGUCACGCUCGCUUGGGAAGACCCCGCGGCAGUCCAGCAGCGGCAGGAAGAAGAGGACGACGACGACGUGCCCUUGGGCAUGCUCUUCGCCGCCAAGGUCGCAGCUCCCGGCAGUGCGAACCGGUCGACGAUGGACAUCAGCGCGCUCAUGAGCGAGGUCCAUCGCCCCCUCGGCCUGAUGGAGCGCCGCGAGAUGGAGGAGAACGAGCCGCUCAGCCGACGCCGCGACAGGCUGCAGGGAAGGCUGACAGAGCAGCUACCAACAUCGCUGACGGCGCUGCAGAAGCGCAUCAGUCACAUGCCCGGCGCCUCCGCCAUGGGGACGCGGUCCCAGUCCCGCCUCAACCUGCCUCUGCCGCAGGGUGGGGGUGGGGGUUCCCGCGCCGGCUCCAUGGCCGGAUCUCGUCCCGGCUCCGCCGCGGGCAACCCGGGAGAGGAGGUCGAGCCCGAGAUCGAAGGCGAGACCCUCGCCGCACGCAAGGCCCGCCUCGCAGCCGAGAACCCGCUCCCGCGCGCCAGGCCGGUCAGCAGUUCCUUCUCCGCCGAACUGCUCAGGGAAUUCGGUCCCGAAGAGAAGAAGACGGAGGCGGAGGAGGCCGAAAAGAAGGCCAACCAUAAUAGUGCGCACAGCCGGACCACCUCCCGCGAUACCGCCGCCAGCGGCGCCUCGGUCCCCGAGGAGGAAGAGACCCUCGGCCAGCGGCGGCGCCGCCUGCAGCGCGAACGCGAGGCGCGCGAGCGCGAGAUGGCGUUUAGCACCCUCAACCGCGCCGCCACCCCUCUGGGCUUCCAGCCCAACACGGCGGGCACGAUCCGCCCGGUCACUCGGCCCGGCCUCAACCCCUUGACCACGUCCUCGGCCGCUCCAUCGACGAGCUUGUCCCAGGCCCUCAACGGGGUCGGCGGCAGCCGCCCGAUGACCAUGGACCCGCGCGAGCAGGAGCGGUUGCGCCGCGAGGCGGAAGCCGCCCGGCACCAGCGCGAGAUGGAGGCCAAGAUGGCGGCGCUCAGGGCGCAGAUGCCGACGACUCUGGCAACACCCACGGCGGGCGCCCGCUCGGGUGGCUUCAUGGGGGGCAUGUUCAACAACGGUGGCGCCGGGGCGCGACACUCGGCACUGGGGAUGCAGCCGCCACCGACGGCGCAGUAUCAGCAGCAGAGGACGAGCACGCUGCUCGGCGCGCAGGGUAUGGCGGGCAUGCCCAUGGGUAUGUACGGCGGGUCGACGCCGAAUCUGGGGGUGUAUCCGAACGGUGUGGCCCCGAGUCUGAGCAUGAACGCGCUGCCGCUGUCCGGAGCCUCGCCGGGGUACGGCAUGCCCGUGGGCGCUGGUGGUGGCCAGGGGGGGCAUAUGGAUAUGGUUGAACGAUGGAGACAGAGCGUCAUGCCUUGAUUCUAGGCGGUCGGAGAGAAGAUGGUCACACCGGUCCCUGGGCGAAAUACAGGAAGCUGGCGGGCAUGUCAUAAACUCAUAAACUGGUGUGUUGGGGGGGCG